UUUCCACUGCUGCUGAUGUCUCCGGUCCCCCCGUUUUAAGAGACAAAGGUCAGAAAGAGAGGCUUAUAAAUAGGCUAAAAUAUAGGCUACGGACGCGUUCAACCCUCAGUCUCUCCUACGGACACAAGAGGACACGGACAAGGGACCGCGCUCAAAGGACAUUAAAAGGACAAAAUAACAUACAAAAUUACAUCAACAUAGCAGAAUGGCUCAAAAAGAGAAACUUCAGUGCCUGAAGGAUUUCCAUAAGGACACUCUGAAGCCGUCUCCUGGUAAGAGCCCUGGCACCCGGCCUGAAGAUGAGGCGGAGGGUAAACACCCCCAGCGGGAGAAGUGGGCCAGCAAGCUGGACUUUGUUCUGUCUGUGGCCGGCGGCUUUGUUGGUUUAGGGAAUGUCUGGCGUUUCCCGUACCUCUGCUAUAAGAAUGGUGGAGGUGCAUUUCUCAUCCCCUACUUCAUUUUCCUGUUUGGCGGAGGUCUGCCAGUCUUCUUCCUGGAGGUCGCCCUGGGUCAGUUCACGUCAGAGGGUGGCAUCACCUGCUGGGAGAAGCUCUGCCCCAUCUUUACUGGUAUUGGUUAUGCCUCCAUAGUGAUCGUGUCCCUGCUGAAUAUCUACUACAUUGUCAUCCUGGCCUGGGGUGUCUACUACCUGUUCCAGUGUUUUCAGCCGGAGCUGCCCUGGGCCAAGUGCAAACAGACAUGGAACACCGAAAGCUGCAUUGAGGACACCUACCGCAAGAACAAAUCCCUUUGGCUGGCUGCCAACGCCAACUUCACCUCCCCCGUCACCGAGUUCUGGGAACAUAAUGUGCUGGGUAUCUCCAGUGGUAUAGAAGACAUUGGUCCUGUCAAAUGGGACUUGGCUCUGUGUUUACUGCUCGUUUGGGUCAUCUGCUUCUUCUGCAUCUGGAAGGGAGUCAAGUCCACUGGCAAGGUGGUCUACAUCACAGCCACGUUCCCAUUUAUCAUGCUCAUCGUGCUGUUGAUUCGUGGUGUGACACUGCCGGGUGCUUCAGCGGGCAUCAAGUUCUACCUGUACCCUGACCUUAAUCGCCUGAAGGACCCAGAGGUGUGGAUAGACGCUGGCACCCAGAUUUUCUUCUCCUAUGCCAUUUGUUUGGGCGCCAUGACAUCCUUGGGGAGCUACAACAAGUACAAAUACAACUGCUACAGGGACUGUUUGCUGCUGGGAGCCCUCAACAGUGGUACCAGUUUUGUGUCUGGCUUCGCAAUAUUUUCCGUCCUGGGCUUCAUGGCACAAGAGCAAGGGGUGGACAUUGCUGAUGUGGCAGAGUCAGGUCCAGGCCUGGCUUUCAUUGCCUACCCCAAGGCUGUAACCAUGAUGCCUUUUCCUACAGUCUGGGCAAUUCUCUUCUUCAUUAUGCUGCUGCUGCUUGGCCUCGACAGUCAGUUUGUGGAGGUGGAAGGGCAGAUCACAUCACUGGUGGAUCUGUAUCCGUCCUUCCUAAGGAAGGGUUACCGCAGAGAGAUCUUCAUCGCUAUCAUCUGCUGCAUCAGCUACCUGCUUGGCCUCACCAUGGUUACCAAGGGUGGCAUGUAUGUUUUCCAGCUGUUUGAUUACUAUGCAGCUAGCGGUGUGUGCCUUCUGUGGGUGGCAUUCUUUGAAUGUAUAGCUGUUGCCUGGGUUUAUGGCGUUGAUAAUUUCUACGAUGCGGUUGAGGACAUGAUUGGCUACAGACCAAAUCCUUGGAUGAAAUGGAGCUGGACUGUUAUCACUCCUUUACUGUGCAUGGGCUGCUUUAUUUUCUCCUUGGUCAAAUACAAGCCAUUGAAGUACAACAAGGUCUACGAGUAUCCUGACUGGGCCGUCGGAAUAGGUUGGACUCUGGCCUUGGCCUCCAUGAUCUGCAUUCCCAUGGUGGUUGUCAUCAAGAUCAUUCGAUCUGAUGGGCCGCUUAUUGAGAGGAUUAAGGCAGUGGCAGCCCCAGUUCGUGGCGGAGCCAGUUCCCGUCCUGCAGACCACCGUGGCCCCAAGGACCUCACCUACCCGCUGGACCCCAACGGGAACAAGGGCCUGAUGAUGAAGGCCCCCACCCACACCAUCGUAGAAACCAUGAUGUAAAGGAAUGAGGCGGAGGCUCUCCAUGAGAUCGCUCUCCUCUCCUCUCCUGUCCUCUAAAAUGCUUCUAAAGCUAGCUAGCUUUCUGUCUAUCUGUCUAUCUGUCUGUCUGGUGGACUGAUAAGGGUUUUGAGGAAAAAAAAAAAGUUCACGUUUCAAAUCUUUUAGGAAUACUUUGGAAGUAGUUUGCUGUUGGUGGUUUUCUUAAGAGGGUAGCAAUCACAUUUCAAAUCUAUUUCUGAAUUACUCACAAGCUGUUUUUUUUCCUAUUUGUAAUAUUCAUGUGACUAUAUCUCCCACUAUUGUCGUUUUUAGACAGAGCAGCAAAUUAGCACCAGCCUCUGGUCCUAAGCUGGUAGAUUUUUUUUAAGUCUGUUUGUUCCUCCAGCUACUUUUGCAGACAACCAGCCAUUGUUCUAAAAAAAGGAAGACAGUGGUUAUUGAGUCUUGGAAUCAAACAGCCUUUUGUAGCCACAAUAUGAAAAAGGUUUUCUUCACUGAUCAUAGAUCACCAAAAACAGAUUUUUUUGGAAGUUCUUGAAAUAUACAACAGCUCUUUGCCUGUGACGCUAUGAACAGGGUGCUCUUAUCUGAUGACAUGUGCCAUACAGUAGGGUUCAGCUUUGGUUUAAUCUGUUCCACUGUGUUCAGUAGAGGCCCUGUUUAGAUGAAGCGAAAGAUCGAGGCACUACAAGCACAACAUUAUUAACUUAAAUGUUUUUUUACCCAUGUCACAAUUAGAGAAAGACAGGGUAUUAAGUGGCAUGCACCCAUUUCAGUCAUCAGAAAUUUUGAAAAGCAUCUUGAUAUUGUUUCAGCUGCACUAGGCAGGAUUUUGUAGAGGAAAAAAGACCAGAUUUGCAGAAGUAAAUCUCAAAAUAUGGCUGUCACAGGGAAAGUGUCCCAAUCCCAGAAAAAAAUCUCACAAGACUGUAGAUUCUUUCAGUCCAAAUUAAGCAACAAAACAUGACAAAUUAAAACUCGAGAGCAAAAAUCCAAAGCUGCAGCCAUCAAAGUUAAAUGCUUUGCCUGCUGGAUUAGUAACCCUGAGUGUGCUACAAAUUUUCCACUCCUUUAGGGCCACUAAUAGACAACAUUGCCUGGUGCAGCUAAAAGAAAAAUCAGAUGAAUGUAUAAUUGACACAGCCAUCAUAGCCAAUGACCCUUAUCAAGCCAGGAUCCUGGUUCUUAAACGCACCUUAGCACAAAUAUCCCCAUCUUCCAUAACCAUAAACUAUGGGUCAAAGAGAAAACUAGCACUGAGACUGCGUCGGGGAAACCCGCUUCUGCACAAAGAGAGAGGUAUCUGAAAGGAUUUGAAGUGUGGAGGUUGAACCCUUGAGUGUGUUGUCUGUGGCGUACUGUACAGUAGUAGCUAAUCAGUCUAUCUAUAUCUAUCUAUCUAUCUUUCUCUGUCCUAGACCAGUUUACAGUACAUUAGUGACUGCACUAGGCACUCUUGGCUUACAAUUUUGGAUUGGAUUUAUUUUAUUUUCUACAGAGGAAGUUACAUUAUUAUUAGUUUUUCCUCUGUCAAUGUUUAGAUUUUUUUUAUUAAGACUAUAAUGUUAUUGGUAUUCACUAUUGAUGAUAAUUGCUGUAGUUUUACGUAGAAGAAGGAACACUUCUUUCAUCUGGUGAAAAUACUAAGCUAUUAUACAAAUCAUACAUUUACAGUGGCAGCCAUUGUAGUAUAGUCCUCAUUGUGCAUUUUUCCACUGUUGGUCCUGCCAACGGUGCCAUUCCGUCUUAAACUUCACACAAAGAAACAAUGCAACAGAUUUUUCCCAAAUAUUUUCUGUUGUGGGGGUUGUGGGUCCAUUGUUUAGCGAGCAGUUCAGUGUACAGUAAAAAAAAAUGGGAAUUCUACAAUGGCUCCAUCUGUAAGUUUGUAGGUGUUGGGGGUUUAUAGCCUUUCCUCUUCUGUAAAUACCAGGGGACAGUAUUUAAAUCGGAUAAAUUCAGCCAGACGGGGCACUGUAGCCAAGGGUUAAGCAUCAUGUCACCAACUACAGCUCAAAGCAGCCAUUGGUUUGAUGACGCUCCCAACAAAUCAGUGUCAGACUGAGUGUCAAACUACUUUCCAGACAUGUUUCCUGGAAAUGCGGCAGCUGGCUUUGGUAAAUUUUGUCACCACGUUGCAUCACCUCAUUUAAAAUGGGAGGUGAAGAGCUUAAUGUCAGAUAAGUUAACAAGUUAGAGGGAAUUGGAUUUCUGUCAUCAUGUGGGAGAGUUUUAUGGCGUAGCAACAAUAAAUUAAAGACCAUUGAAAUAAUUCUACAAAUACUUGAAAUAUUGCAUGAAGUCAGACUAAGACUUUGUAAGACCUAAACAUGCUGCCUGGAAAACAAAAAAAUGAGCAGACAGCAUUUGUUAACUUGACGUCUGAUCGAAUUGUUCCCACAUCAUCAUGUUGAGAGGUUGACAUGGCUGCCAUUGAAACCAGCUACAUCCAUUUAUAUGGUGAGAAAAUGUGCCCUGCGAGACACUGACAAUAUCUUGCAACUCUGGCUGAUUUUAACAAACAUGAAAACAAAACUACAUUACAUUCUUCAUGCUAAUAAAGGGCCAUAAUACUGACGAUGUGAACCAGUAAGAACUACAAGCAGACUAUCUGAGAAGCGUAACUGUCACAUUCAUUUUAAUAUGUCUGUAUAACAAGGGGUUUCUCAUGAGUAUGUGUCACCAGCGACCAUUCACUCAGGACCUUCUCUGUAGUGCUUUUAUGUACUGUAUAGCUACUUUAACCCAGUGUCCAAAAAAAAAUCGGACUUAUAACUGUGGUUGACCAAGAGCUUACUUUUAAUAGUAACAAUUGUAAUUGAUGUUUUCGUUCAACUUGACAAAAUGUCAGUUAGUUCUUUGCCACAAAGAAAGAAAAAUCACACAUUCUCUGCCUGUUUUAUCCACAAUCAAAAGCAAAAACUACAGAGAGAGUUUAUAUAGCACUUAUUUGUAUAAUUUGGACUUCAUAUUAAAUGAUGAGGCUGAAAUAAAAACACUGCCAUCUUUUUAUGGCCUCCAUAGUCAAACAUAAAUCACAAUACUGUCAAAACACUUAAGGUUUUAGCAUGAAGAGCUUCUGUUCUCCCAAAAGCAGACAUAUUAAAAUAGAUCAAGCUGUUAAUAAACCAUUCCUGCUCAUCGAAUAUACAUUUGUACAGUACACACGCGGUGCAGAUACUUGACCAACAUCACAUCAGAAGUCAUUGUGAGACCAGGGCUUCAUUUCAUCUAAGCUUUGAUGUGUGUUUUUCUUCAGUUUAUUUCAUUUUUGUUUUCAAAUAGAAUAAAAUAGUUCAUAUCAUUAAAAGGGAUUUGCGAAAACCAAAUCCACAGCAGACAUCUAUUUUCAUACAAUAACAAACUUUUCCUAUGUAAGUCGUCUUUGUACAGCUAUGCUCCCAUUGCAGACUCCCCAUUUUAAUGCAGAUACAAAGCUUCAUUUUAUUCUUAGACUUUUGUACAGAUCUGGUUCUCAAUUCCCCCGAAGGAUCUUUGCACUAUAGUAAAAAACUCAACUUGAUGGGAAAGAUCUGUCAGCUCAGAAACUGAAAUAUUUAUGAAAACUAAAAUAGCAAAGAGCACCUAUGGACAGUUAAAGAUUCUGUCUAAUCUUUGAUUUUGUCAGGUUUUGACAGGUUUUCAACUAUGGUUUAUGUAUGACAUUUCAAAAUUUCUGUGUUGUUACACAGGUUGGUAAUUUCUAAGAUGCACAAAAUGGAACAUUUUAUUUAACACUGUGGGGAUUUUUAAAAAAAAUCUGUCAAUAGCAUGUUGAAAAUUAAUUAUCUGCUGAUAAGAGUAAAAAAAACAGACUAAAAAAAUGAGUUUAAGCCAUGCAAAUAAAGCUAAAUAUGUCUCACAACUGAUUAAAAUCUUCUUAGGUGCUAAGAUCCUUCUUUUGUUGGGGAAUUUUGGGCCAUAAAAUAACUAAUGCAGUCAUUUAUUUGGUUUAUUCUGCCUCUCUGUGUAUAUUUACAGUAUGUACCAGUCUCUCUGCCUUCUUACACUCCCCAUCAGUUAGCCUGCGUAAACCUUCUGUUAACCUAAGCUAACCGAUUUUUCUCAGAGAUAAUGAAUUUGCAAGAGAAUCGAAGCAUUAGCGAUGCACAAGUUUUUACCGCCGAAUGUUGAAAUGUGAAAGUCACCUGCGGGUGAAUGUAAAAGUUUCUGAAGAUUUAUUUUUUAGGGUGAAAAAAAAGAAUAAGUUUCUUUUUAUUUUUAUUGAUCUUGUUUUAUUGAAUUCAGCAAUUUCUUGUUUUAUUUUAUUUUUGAUUGUUUGUCUGUCACAUUUGCCUUUUGUAUUCCAAAUAUAGUGUAUUUGAACCUCUGUCAUUGGAGUAACAUGUACAACUGUCAAUCAAAAAACAAACAAAAAAAAAGCUGCAAUUUGUUACGUGCAAUACUUUGUAGAAUACUUUUUUUCAUGCUAUUUUUCCAAAAGGUGGUACUAAUCUUUGAAGAAAGAUGAUAGCCUGUGAAUUCUUGAUGAAGAAAAUUUGAAUCUUCAGGGUCCAGUUAAAUUAAAACCCGCCACAAAUGCUCUGCAGUGUGGAACUAAACCAAACUAAACCACUAUUCCAUCAAAUAUCUUGUGGUUUGAAAUGCACUGAGAAUAAAAUGAUUAUUAAACUUUGUCACAUCAAACUGAAUUUCUUAGCAAAAUAAUAUUUUUUAUUUUUGUGACAGACUGCUAAGUUGUGAGUUUGUGAGGGGUAUGAAACACAGUAACACUGCCACUAAGCCCACCAUCUUUCUACCUGCCUAUACUUAUCUCAGUACUGUUGUGUUGCUAAAAAUCAGACAGUUUCCCAAAAGAAAGCCACCACCAAAGUUCAUCAUUUCUAAACUGCAACACAUCAACAACAAAGAAAUAUCCGACCAGUUCCUACAAGGCUUAUGAAUCUAAUUUGAAGUCAUCUUUCGCUAUUUGCUUUUGAUUGAACAAAUACCUAUAAUUUUGGCUGCUUUUGGGAAACCUGUCCCUGCAACAAAAGCAGUAAAUCCAAUAAGACCGAGAUUACACCAUAUCAAAUGUGGGCUUUUCUUUUAAAACCUUGUAUGCAAUUUCCGCAUCCUGCUUGUUCAGACAUUUCUAUGUAAAUCUGACUCCACCCCACCAAACCCUGCAACCUCAGUGCUUUAUCAAAGAAAGUGAAAAACCAAACUACAUCCACACGGGCACAGAUAGCCUGAUUUUAAAUCUCAUGUUGCUUACAUUGUGUCCAUUAUUGGUAUGAAAACACCACCAUAUCAAUGUGAUUCUGAAUCGGAUUGUCUGUUUCUGUGAUAUGGAUG